AUGGAUUGGGGCGAAAGAACGAUCGUGGAUGAUCAGCAGAGUGUCGAUGGGUUGCGCACGGACAUGCGACUCGAUCAGCAACCGGCACAUCAACAGCAGCACCUUUUGCAGCAACCGUUGCAGCAACCGUUGCUGCAGCCGGUGCAAACUCUGCACACGUAUCUGCCGCAGUCUACGCUGCCACCGCAACAUCCACCGCCACAUCACAGCCCGCUGUCGUUGGCGAUACCGAUUUCCGAUGCGUUGCGUCAUCGAACCGCCGAAGCCGAUUCGAUAGGAUGCGUGGAAGUGUUGGCCACCGUGUGCUCGAUCGUGCUGAUGGUCCUGACCCUGCCGAUUUCGCUGUUCCUCUGCUUCAAGGUAGUGCAGGAGUAUGAGCGUGCGGUCAUCUUCCGGCUCGGUCGGUUACGCUCCGGUGGUGCCCGUGGCCCUGGUGUGUUCUUCGUGCUGCCCUGCAUCGACAACUACUGCAAGGUCGAUCUGCGUACCGUCUCGUUCGAUGUUCCGCCACAGGAAGUGCUUACGCGCGACUCCGUCACGGUGUCGGUCGAUGCCGUCGUGUACUAUCGCAUUCGCGACCCGCUUAACGCCGUGGUGCAGGUGGCCAACUACAGCCACUCCACGCGCCUGCUGGCAGCCACAACUCUGCGCAAUGUCCUGGGCACAAGGAACCUGUCCGAGCUCCUGACGGAACGCGAAGCCAUCUCGCACUCCAUGCAGGUCACGCUGGACGAAGCGACUGAUCCGUGGGGCGUGCAAGUAGAGCGUGUUGAAAUCAAAGACGUCUCGCUUCCGGACUCGCUGCAACGCUCGAUGGCAGCCGAGGCAGAGGCAGCACGCGAAGCCCGUGCCAAGGUGAUCGCGGCCGAGGGUGAGAUGAAGUCAUCCCGAGCCCUUAAAGAAGCCUCCGAUAUUAUGUGCGAGAGUCCGGCCGCACUGCAGCUUCGCUAUUUGCAAACGCUCAGCAGCAUUGCAGGGGAGAAGAACUCGACGAUCGUGUUUCCGCUUCCGAUCGAGCUGAUCGGACCGUUGAUGAACUUCACUUCCACGUUGGGAGUGCAACGUACGAACGGUACGGCAGCUGGGCCCGCCGUCCCAUCGACGACAACCAGCACCUCGUCACCGCAGGGCGAUCCGGGUCAUCAGACUCCGUUAGAGUAGCAGCAACUUCCGCGAGUACAUCUGCAACGUCGCCACCAUCACCAGCACCGGCGGCAUCCGCAGCAUCACCAGCAGCGGUCUACGAUCCGGCUCCGAGAACCGUGCGGUUCGAGUGAACGUAAGCCCGGCCCAUGCACCAUUGGGUCACUCUCGUCGUACUCCUUAUCCUCGGCCGAGGAUUCUGCCCUCUGCUCGCCCACCAACCGUUUGGCACGAUUCAUUCUAGAUCUGUAGAAUGCCGACUUGCCCUUAGCGAGCCGUAUGCUACGAAACUAUUUACUCAUCCAGUUUCCAUCCACCUCGAUCGAGCCACAAUCAAACGAUACACUAGUUGUUGGUGUUUAACAGUGUUAUUUUUGUUUUUCAUUAUUCUCUUUUGAAUGUAUUUUUAUCGUACUGAAUGAUGACUGUAAAUAAAAGCGUAUUCGUACUAAACCAAUUUGAA